CGCUCCUGCCGGUGUCCGCCAGUCGCGCUUUCCAGCUCUCGCCGCCGGCUGCCGUGUUACCGCCGCCUCCGCCGCCCCGCGCCGCUUGGAGCCCCGCGCCUGACCAUGCCCAACAUCGUGCUCUUCAGCGGCAGCUCGCACCAGGACCUGUCCCAGCGCGUGGCCGACCGGCUGGGCCUGGAGCUGGGCAAGGUGGUCACCAAGAAGUUCAGCAACCAGGAGACCAGCGUCGAGAUUGGCGAAAGUGUGAGGGGAGAAGAUGUGUACAUCAUCCAGAGUGGGUGCGGAGAAAUCAACGACAACCUGAUGGAACUCCUCAUCAUGAUCAACGCCUGCAAGAUCGCGUCGUCCUCCAGGGUGACCGCCGUGAUCCCGUGCUUCCCCUACGCCCGCCAAGACAAAAAGGACAAGAGUCGUGCUCCGAUUUCGGCGAAACUUGUGGCCAAUAUGCUCUCGGUCGCUGGGGCGGAUCACAUCAUCACCAUGGACCUGCAUGCCUCUCAGAUCCAGGGGUUCUUUGAUAUCCCUGUGGAUAACUUGUACGCGGAGCCCGCGGUCCUGCAGUGGAUUCGGGAGAACAUCACCGAGUGGAGAAACUGCAUCAUUGUUUCACCUGACGCCGGGGGCGCCAAAAGGGUCACGUCAAUCGCAGACAGGUUGAAUGUGGAAUUUGCCUUGAUUCACAAGGAGAGGAAGAAGGCCAAUGAAGUGGACCGGAUGGUGCUGGUGGGCGACGUGAAGGACCGCGUGGCCAUCCUUGUGGAUGACAUGGCCGACACAUGUGGCACCAUCUGCCACGCUGCGGACAAGCUACUCUCGGCCGGAGCCACCAAAGUUUAUGCUAUCCUUACCCAUGGGAUCUUCUCUGGGCCAGCUAUUUCCAGAAUAAAUAAUGCCGCCUUUGAGGCUGUUGUUGUGACAAACACUAUUCCCCAAGAGGACAAAAUGAAGCACUGCUCCAAGAUUCAGGUUAUUGACAUUUCGAUGAUCUUGGCCGAGGCGAUUCGAAGGACCCACAACGGUGAAUCUGUGUCUUACCUGUUCAGCCACGUCCCACUGUAAAUCCAGGAUGUGAGGUGUGGAAGCAAGCCUGCUCUGGCUUCUGACUUGCGUGCAUUUGUCUGAUUUAUUAGCUUUAGGACUAAGCAGUUAUAUUAAUGCAAAAGCAUCAGAUCUUUGUAUACUCCGAGGUCCACUGGUUUUCCCCCUCUUAAAGCUCUCGACCAUUUAUUUCCAGUUUGGUGGGGAGGGCAGUGGUUAUUUGAUCUUUAAGUGAGCAGUCUUAAAUGAGAAAUGUUUUUGUUAUCUUGAUUUGUUCUGAUAGGUGACCUUUUUUUCCUUUGUUCUGUCACUGCUUUGAGGCCACAACUUUCAAGUUUAUAAUUCCAUUGUGGAAGUUCAUAGUUUAUGUAUUUCAGGGUUACCAAAGGUCACCUCAGAUUAAAGCCUCUGUGUAAAUAUAGAAUGAUAAUGCCUAUGGACAUUUGGGUGAAACCCUGUAGAGAAUUAGCCUUUUGCUUCUAAGUGAACCUUAGAGAAUUUACAAUACCCUGAAUUUUGAGUAUUUGUUUUAGUGAGCAGGUUUCCAAUAAGCCAUUUUGGUUAUUAUGCUUAAUUUGGACCAAAUUUUAUGUAGCUGAAGAUGGCCACUGACACGUUUAUUUCUGGUAAACAUUAGACAUAUCAGAGGCAAUGUAGUUCAGUAUUUUUUUAUUGCCACUUCUAAAAAUCAUAACUGUCACUUCUCUGAAAUACCUUGUUCUAAAAUUCCAAAAUUAUGUUCAGCAAUAGAGCUGACUGAGAAACUGUUUUGAGGUAGUCUGCAAGUUCAGUGUCACAUCCAUGCUGUGUCCAUCCCAGAUACACCUCAUGUCCUGCCAUCUUUUUUUUAAUGUCCUGUUUUUAGCUCUAGCUUUUACUUUGCCUUUUUUCCAAGAGUUUCAUGUUGUGGAUUUCCAUCACAACAAAGACUUCUUCCCUAAGUCCCCUCACAUUUACUAGUCUGAUCUCUGUUUUGCUUUUGACAUGAGAAAAAGGUGAAUUGUUUGUGGGUGCCUCCAAAUACAUAUUUAAAUAUUAUUUCCUUAGUGUUGAUCUCAUGGUCUUUUGCCUUUUGUAAUCACAAGUAGCAAGCGUCCUAGGCAACAGAUUAUUUUAACUAAAGCUGUUACAUGAAAAAUGUGGGUGAGAAAGGCCUACAGAAAAAGGACAAAUAAGGAAACAUUAGUUGCUCCAUGAAGUUAAUGUUCAAAUGGUGGCCCAGGAGUGAUGGUGGAGGGAAGAUAGCUUUAUCCACAGGUGGCUUUUGAUGACUCCUGAGUGAGGCGCCCCCGUCCCCGGUGGCAGGCGGCAAGCAUCAACUCUGAAUUUUCCUAAGUGCGCGUUGGUGGACAACCAACUGAGUGCUUCCGCCCCCAAAGAAGAAAAUGUGCCUGCACAGACAAAGCCCAGGAAUAAUAAAUAACAAUCUCCUCCUUCUGCUGAAUCUCAAAACUUGAAGAGAAGAAAGUCUCUGAUCUAAAUUCUGUGGGUGGAAAAAUGAAAUCUGUUUAAGUUGUUAACAAAUCUGAAUAGCAAUCUUUAAGGUUUCAAACUUCACUACAGCAGAGGGUGAAUCAAAGUUUACAAGUAUCGUUUUAGUCAUUGCAGAGACUAGCAUUUUGCUGUACCUUAAGAGGGCUUUUGAGAAAAAAUCAUAGCGUAGCCUGGUUAGGGUCAGCUAUGCAAUACGAUGGGCUCUAUCUAGACGAGAGUUGAUUUGAGAUAUGUAAAGAGCCUGUUUAGAUGUAUGUAAUUUUUAUUUUUGACAAAUGAGUGAUAUCUGUAUUUCUUGAAAUUUCUAUGCAUAGAGAAAUGAAAAUGUAGUUGUGAACGCACGCAGGUAGACAGCUUGGCAUCCCAGUGUAGACAUGUUGACAAUGACUAAAACCAGUUGAUUUAAAGGUAGUCAUUUCGUCCAAGAUUUAAGAGUCUAACACACAGAGCUAGUUUUAAAAUAAUGAUCUUCAGAUAAAGAUAUAAAAAUCGGUAUUGUCAUUCUCUGAAUUAAGAAUUGAUUGUUUCUAUGGUUAUUUAUCUCCACUUUUGUAUUUUAAAGUACUUCUGGUACAUCUAUCAACUAAAUAGACUAGACGUAGCCCUGCGCAGCAGCAAUGUAGACCUUAACUAUUUUGAUGGUCCAGUUCAAAAAAGAUGAUGAAGACGGCCUUGAGAGCAGCUUAAUCCCAGAACUUGUGCGUCCCUUGCUGCUUAUGUGGAAACAUUUCAGUGAAACCACCAAAUACAUUGGUCCUGUCUGACUCUGCUGCAUGGCGGUUGACUUGGAGUACAUCUAGCCAAAAAGGGGAGCCAGAGAAAUAUGAAUAUACCAAAGUUGCUCAGUUUCCAACUUAAAUUACAUUAACCAGCUUAAAGAGAUUCGUAUUAUAACUUUCCUUUGGUAGAUACGAUGUCAAAUAGAUUCCGGAACUACAUCAUUUGCAGUGCUUGUAUUGGUUUAGAAUAUAGGAUUCGAAGAUCUUCCAACACUGUACUAAAAACAUUUCAAUAAAAUCAUGCUCCUUCUUUCUUUCA